GAGCCCGACCGGCCCAACAGCAAUCCCGCGCCCGGGCGACGGUGCCCGUGGGUGGCUCGCGCUCUGCCGCGGGGACGUGUGGCAGUUGGCGCUCCCUGGCGUUUCACGCACGCGGAACCCGAGCCGCCGUGCGCGGCCGUGCGGAGCACUGGGACUGGGCCGCCCCGGCGGGGCGCGCCCCCAGAGCGGAGCCUCACUCCCCUCCAACUUUCCCGCGGGCAGCCGCGCGGGACGCGGGCCGUGACCCGACCGCCGACCCGGCCCCGAGCGCUGGAACAAAGGGCGCCCGGCGGCGGCGCCGCGGGCCGGGGCGGAGGCUCCGGGCGGGGGCGGAAAGUGGGAGAGGAGGCCGGGCCCGCCGCGGGCACCGGGCGCGCUUCCGCCGGCCGCGCCGCGCGCGCCGCGGUAAAUGGGAGGCUCGGCCGGCAGGGGCGGGGGCCGCGCAGCCGGAGAGUUUCAGGAACUGGCGGAGCGGGCGGCGGCCGGAGUCGCCGAGCGCCCAGCGGCGGGGCCUGAGCGCCGACACUCGGGGCCGAGGCGGAGCCGCCGCCGCCGCACCGGGGCCCAGCUGUAGCUUCCGCCGGCCUCGCCCUCGCCCGGCCGCCUCGGGCCGACAGCCGCGACGCGGGAGAGCAGCCGGCCGUCCCGGGCCGGGGGGAGCCGCCCGCCAUGGCCACCAAGGCUCGGGUUAUGUAUGAUUUUGCUGCUGAACCUGGAAAUAAUGAGCUGACAGUUAAUGAAGGAGAAAUCAUCACAAUUACAAACCUGGAUGUUGGUGGAGGAUGGCUGGAAGGCAGAAACAGCAAAGGAGAACGAGGGCUUGUUCCCACAGACUAUGUUGAAAUUUUGCCCAACGAUGGAAAAGAUCAAUUUUCUUGUGGAAAUUCAGUGGCUGACCAAGCCUUCCUUGAUUCCCUCUCAGCAAGUACGGCUCAAGUCAAUUCUUCAGCUGCCAACAGUAGUACCCAGGUCAGCAGUGGAAACGACCCCUGGUCAGCCUGGAGUGCUUCCAAAUCUGGAAACUGGGACAGCACAGAUGGCUGGGGAGCCAAGCCAGAGGGAGCUGCAGCCCAAAGAAACACUUCCAAUAACUGGGACACUGCCUUUGGGCAUCCACAGGCCUACCAAGGACCAGCAACCGGAGAUGAUGACGACUGGGAUGAAGACUGGGAUGAUCCCAAGUCGUCUUCUCCCUACUUCAAGGAUUCAGAGUCAGCCGACGCGGGAGGUGCUCAGCGGGGCAACAGCAGAGCCAGUGCCUCGUCCAUGAAGCUGCCACUUAACAAAUUUCCUGGAUUUGCAAAACCUGGAAUGGAGCAGUAUUUGUUGGCCAAGCAACUAGCAAAACCCAAAGAGAAAAUUCCUAUCAUUGUUGGAGAUUAUGGCCCAAUGUGGGUUUAUCCUACCUCUACAUUUGACUGCGUGGUAGCAGAUCCCAGGAAAGGCUCCAAAAUGUACGGUCUGAAGAGCUACAUUGAGUAUCAGUUAACGCCUACUAACACUAACCGAUCUGUAAACCACAGGUAUAAGCACUUUGACUGGUUAUAUGAGCGGCUCCUGGUUAAAUUUGGGUCAGCCAUUCCAAUUCCUUCUCUUCCAGAUAAGCAAGUCACAGGUCGCUUUGAAGAAGAAUUUAUCAAAAUGCGCAUGGAGAGACUUCAGGCGUGGAUGACCAGGAUGUGUCGUCACCCAGUAAUCUCAGAAAGUGAGGUUUUCCAGCAGUUUCUAAAUUUCCGAGAUGAAAAGGAAUGGAAAACUGGGAAGAGGAAGGCUGAGAAAGAUGAGCUGGUGGGAGUUAUGAUAUUUUCCACCAUGGAACCAGAGGCACCUGACUUGGACUUACUAGAAAUAGAGCAGAAAUGUGAUGCUGUUGGUAAAUUCACCAAAGCCAUGGACGACGGCGUGAAGGAGCUGCUGACUGUGGGGCAGGAGCACUGGAAACGGUGCACAGGGCCAUUACCCAAGGAAUAUCAGAAGAUAGGAAAGGCCUUGCAGAGUUUAGCAACAGUGUUUAGUUCCAGUGGCUAUCAAGGUGAGACAGAUCUCAAUGAUGCAAUAACAGAAGCAGGAAAGACUUAUGAAGAAAUUGCCAGUCUUGUGGCGGAACAGCCAAAGAAAGAUCUUCAUUUCCUGAUGGAAUGUAAUCACGAAUAUAAAGGUUUCCUUGGCUGCUUCCCUGAUAUUAUUGGCGCCCACAAGGGAGCAAUAGAGAAAGUGAAAGAAAGUGAUAAACUGGUUGCAACUAGUAAAAUCACUCCGCAGGACAAACAGAACAUGGUGAAACGAGUCGGCACAAUGUCUUACGCACUGCAAGCCGAGAUGAAUCACUUCCACAGUAACCGGAUCUAUGACUACAACAGCAUCAUCCGCCUGUACCUGGAGCAGCAAGUGCAGUUCUAUGAGACCAUUGCAGAAAAGCUGAGGCAGGCCCUCAGCCGCUUCCCGGUUAUGUAGAAUAAAAUGGACACCAAGAAACGCCGAAGUGCUUCUUUCUGACUUGGGGCAGUGCAGUCUAAUUCUACACCCCUAUCAUCGAGAGCAAAAAAGAAAGAAAACCAAAAAGAAAUAGAGUUGCAAAAAACUGCAUUUACUUUCCUAACCUGGCUAAAGUCAUCUGUUACUUCAGGAGAGUCCCCUUUUGGUCAUCUCCACGUCCACUGCUUAAACCAAUGGGAAUUGUCUCUGUUUUUGGAAAGUACUUUACAAUUAGCAGAAUUUUGAAUGGAAAAUUAGGGGUUUCUCCCACUGAUAUUUUACAUAAAAUUGUAAUUUAUAAGUCACCCACAAUCUUGCAGUUCUUACCCAGUGUCAGAUAAUUACUAAUUGCUUUCUUAGAAAUAUGAAAUAUGCCAGAAUAAAAAAUACAUAUAUGUUUGUAUAUUUUUAUAACUCUUUUCAGUCCUUUGGAAUCCUAUAUAUUUAGAAAAUCUACAUGCCUUUCACUGACAUAUUUAUGACUCAAGUGCUUACGUUUCAGGAGAGAGGAGGCCAAGCGGAGCCCCCAGGGCCUCAGGCACCCUCACAUGCCUGUCAGCGGGCUUCCUGUGGCCCCCGAGGGCGCAGCCUGGCAGAACCCUACAGCCAGACUCGCCUGCGCAGCUCCCGUCAGCAGCGUACCUUCCAUGAGGAGGGCCUGCUCUCCCGGCAUUCUUUGCCAAGCCUGCCUGCAGCUGCGCUUUAUGCUAAACGGCAUGUGGUGGAAGUGCUGACCGCUUGCAGGGCGGGCUCCUGGGCUCUCGGCAGGGCAGGCACGCUCCUGUGGACCCUCCCCAUCUCCAGGGUCUUGUCUUCAGCUGUUGAGUCAGACAGGAGAAAUGCCGUGAGAGAAUGAGCGCCACUUGACUUGGAUUGUACACAAGUGGGCCAGUUGGUAUCAUCUGAAAAGAUAAAAACACAGUUUAGUAAACCUUUCCCAUCCCCACCAAAUGGAAAAUCCAGGGACUGAUAAGGGUGGCAGCCUGAAUAACAUGCAGUAAUGCUCAGAGCUUUUAUGUUUAAGAAAAAGUACUGAGUGAUGUCCUUCUGUUCUGUGUCCUGAACUGCAGACAGAAUUAUUCAGAUCACUAGUACUUGAUUGAGUUAAUGGCAUAAAGCAAAACAUAUCUUUGUAGACUGUCAGCUUUUAAUCUGAACGCUCACAGACACUGUCUUACUCCUGCAGACGAGUUUGUCCAACUGCCACAGUUGCCUUACAUUAUCUCUCCUGCUUUCAUUUUUCUGACCUAAUAAUUAUAUUAUAGAAAACGGAAGGUUUGGGCCGGCAUAAAUAAAGUGAAACCAAAAAUAAGUAGAAGAGGAAAUCAUGUGAACCUGAAUAUGAGAACUGCUUGGUCUUUAAUAUCACGGGUUUUUGUUAAUGUUUUAUAAGUAAUUUUCCCUACUUGAUUUUUCUUUUAUAAAAUCUCGUAGAACAGUGUUUAUGAUACAGCCCUUUAAUAUAUGUACAAAUUGUAAAGACUAUGUAUAAAUGUUUUACACAAAUGUUAAAAGCAUGUAGAAGCCAACAUAUAAAUAAAUUGUUAAAAACUGUACAGUAAAUUCUCAAAGCACUUUUUCAAAACA